CAGACAGAUCCAUUUGCCAUUUUAACAAAACAAACUGUGUCUGGUUCAUGAGUUACUACAUUUUACCACGAAAAUUGUUGUUGUCUUGUGCUUUUAACAAUUGCUAUAAUUAUGUUCAUCGAGGAAAAACCUAUUGCUUUUCCUUGAACUCGUAUUUGAAGCAUUUUAUGUGCACAAGCUCUGAGGAAUCACUGAAAUUUGGUCCCAAAAUGGCAACUUUGGAAACUCUACAUAUGGAUAACUUGGCGCUGAGGUCUUUACCAAUCGACAAAGAGCUUAAAAAUUACGUGAGUCAGGUUCAGGGAGCAUGCUUCUCUCGUGUUGAGCCAACUCCAGUGGAAAAUCCUUCAACGGUGGCGUAUUCUAGCAGUGCAAUGUCUCUGUUGGAUUUAUCAAAGGAUCAGUUGCGGCGAGAUGACUUUGCAGAAUAUUUUGGUGGAAAUAAGAUAUUACCUGGCGCGGAACCAUCAGCUCAUUGCUAUUGCGGUCAUCAAUUCGGAUAUUUUUCUGGUCAGCUGGGAGAUGGGGCGACUAUGUAUCUUGGUGAGGUGGUGAAUGAAAGAGGAGAGAGGUGGGAGAUGCAGUUUAAGGGUGCAGGUCUCACACCUUAUUCUAGACAGGCAGAUGGAAGAAAAGUGCUGCGGUCCAGCAUACGAGAAUUUCUUUGCAGUGAGGCAAUGCACUUUUUAGGGAUUCCAACUACAAGAGCUGGUAGCUGUGUGACUUCAGAUACAAGAAUAACCAGAGACAUAUUUUACGAUGGAAACCCUAUCAGGGAAAGGUGUACCAUUAUUUUAAGGAUUGCCCCAACAUUCAUAAGGUUUGGUUCGUUUGAGAUAUUUAAACCAACAGACCCUAUGACUGGACGCAAAGGCCCAAGUGAGGGACGUACAGAUAUUCUCAUUCAGCUUCUUGAUUAUACAGUUCAAACAUUUUUUCCACAGGUUGUCACAGGUGAUAAGGAGGAGGCAUACUUAGCUUUCUUUAAAGAAGUUGUUAGGCUUACUGCAAGACUUGUGGCCCUUUGGCAGUGUGUAGGGUUUUGUCAUGGGGUGCUUAACACAGAUAAUAUGAGUGUUCUUGGCUUGACAAUUGAUUAUGGUCCCUUUGGAUUUAUGGAUCAUUAUGAUCCUGAGCAUGUCUGCAAUGCAUCAGAUGACCAAGGCAGGUACCGAUACGAGGCUCAACCUGAGAUCUGCAAAUGGAAUUUGUUGAAGCUAGGAGAGGCUAUUAAAGAUGUACUUCCUUUGGAAAGGUCAAAGGCUGCAGUGGAAGAGAUUUAUGAUGUCGAGUACCAGCAAACGUACAUGGGUAAAAUGAGACUAAAGCUUGGCUUAUUAAAGAAGGAUCUACCAGAGGAUGAGGACCUGGUAAAAAGUCUUUUGGAAACCAUGCACAAGACAGGUGCUGAUUUUACAAAUUGUUUUAGAUGCCUCCAUAGAAUUUCUUUGGAAAGUAGCGCUGUAGGUGAUGACAGUGAUGAAAAUGUUCUGGAGUACUUAUUGUCCCAAUGUCAAACUGUAGAUGACUUGAAGAAAACUUCAAAGCCAUUCCUUGGAGCAAGGGAAUUUCAGAUGUUGAUGAUGCUUCUUCAGACUAGUCCUAGUCUCCUGCAGCAAUUAGGAAACGGAGCAUCUUUAAUUCAAAAGGAGCUGGACAGGAGAGAGAAGGUUCAGCAGAUGAAUGAGUUAAAACCUGAGGAAAAAAGAAGCAAAGACAGGCAACUGUGGAAAGAUUGGAUUGAACAAUACAGGCUGCGCCUUAAUGCAGAUUUUGAAAAUGAACCAGAUCAUGAGAAAGCAAACAAGGAGCGAAUUGAAGCAAUGAAAUCCAAUAAUCCAAGAUUUAUCCUCAGGAAUUAUAUUGCUCAAAAUGCCAUUUCUGCAGCAGAGGAGGGAGACUUUUCAGAGGUCCAAAGAGUUCUAAAGCUUCUUGAAAACCCUUACAGUGACACCACUGACACCAAACUAAUCCAACAGCCAAGUAGAGAGAGUGACUCCCAAGAGGCGUCAGAAGCAAGCUGCAGUGCAGAAGAAUAUUUUACUUAUGACAGUAAGCCACCAGGUUGGGCUACUGACUUAAGGGUGACAUGAUCAUCGUAGGUGCCUCGUUACAUGAAUGAGCCAGAAACUACAAGCAACACUACAAUAUUUUGUAUCAGAAUUUACAUCAGUAUAAUUUUGGUUUAAUUAAUUUAAAAUUAAGCAGAUCAUUGGUGUAUGACUAAAGAAUAUACUGUCGAAAAAAAUAUCAUUACAUGCCCCUUUCACAACAAAAGUAGUCCAAACCCUCUCAAUGGACUCUGUCUUUAGCAAGCAAGUCUUCUAAGGAUGCCUUUUUAGUGCCACUUCUGAACUCACUCAGUUAAACUCAGUGGUUUCACUUUCUUGUGAUUGAGCACCUAAGAAGCAAAUCCACUCUUCAUGUGAAUUUCUAUUUUAUGAGAGCUUCAACUUGACCUACAUUGAAGGUUUGUUAGAUUUUGCCUGGCUAUGACAGUGUUUACCUAUGAGCCAAAAUCUGCUACAGAAUGUUUUGCACUUUGGAAAGAAAGUAGAUCUGAAGUAUUUUAUAUAAUUUUCACACCAGCAGUGAUACGCCAUACAUAAUAUGAAGUGUUGUGUUCAGCUCAUUUGUACAGUGAGGCAUUUGAUGACUUUCUUUAACAUGGCAUCUAACCACAGGCUUAAAUGUCAAAAUACAUUUUGCUUAUGACAGUACAAUUUAAAACCAGAUGGAAGAUUGUACUUGAAGGGUGCUAGGAAAUUGAUGUCACUGAGAACAAUUCACUUUGUAAUUUGUUCUAAAUAUUUUCAAAGAAAUUGUUGAUAAUAAACUUGUAACCAGUAAGAGAAAGGUGCAAGGAAAUGCCAUUCAAAAUAAAUUAUUAAUAGACACUGCA